UUGAUCGGUCCAAUAAUCCAGUGAACUUCUUAACAAAAGGCAACAUAAGACCAACAUAAUUCGGUUAAAGUCAUUACUCAGUAACCCAGGAAAAAAACUAACAGAAAUAUGGAAGUUCAAGUGGGCUGGCCCAAGUUGCUAAAGAUGGCCACCCAGUUGGUGGGCCACAAGAUCCAGCAGUUCCGCCUGUCCACAGGUCACACCGCAGUCGUGGAUACAAAGUACGGAAAGGUUCGCGGUCUCCAGAGGAAGACGGUUUACGAUGAGGAGCUGUACUUCGCCUUCGAGGGCAUCCCGUAUGCCAAGCCCCGUGGGGAGCUCCGGUUCAGGGCUCCCCAGCCACCGGAACCCUGGAACGGGGUUCUCGACUGCACCACCAACCGGUCGAAGCCGCUGCAGAGGAACAUGCUUUUGGGGAACGUCGAAGGCAGCGAGGACUGCCUGCACCUCAAUGUGUAUGCAAAAAACCUGGAGUCGGAAAAACCUCUGCCCGUGAUUGUGUGGAUCUACGGAGGCGGUUUCCAAAAGGGCGAGGCCUCCAGGGACAUAUACAGUCCUGAUUACUUCAUGAAGCAACCGGUGGUGUUCGUUACCAUCAAUUACAGGUUGGCAGCAUUGGGUUUUCUCAGUCUCAAGGACCCGAAGUUAGAUGUUCCUGGAAACGCGGGUCUGAAGGACCAAGUGAUGGCCCUCCGUUGGAUCAGUCAGAACAUCGGCCACUUCAACGGGGACCCCAACAACAUCACCUUGAUGGGGGAGAGUGCAGGAUCGGCUUCUGUCCACGUGAUGAUGACCACGGAGCAGACGCGAGGACUCUUCCACAAGGCCAUAAUGCAAUCGGGAUGUGCUCUGAGCGAGUGGGCUGAAAGUCCUGAGAACGACUUUGCCUUCCGGUUGGCGGAGAAACUGGGCUACAAAGGCAGCAACAAGGAUGCCGAUGUCCUUAAUUUUUUAAACAAGGCUUCUCCUCGUCGAAUUGCUGAUGUUGACCAGGAUGUGAUUACCAGGGACGAAAUACGGAGCUUCCUUCUCUUUGCCUUUGGACCGGUGGUGGAACCCUAUGAAACCGAUCACUGUGUGGUGCCCAAAAGACACAAGGAUAUGUUACCCAAAGCCUGGGGCAACGACAUACCCAUCAUUGUGGGUGGAAACUCCUUCGAGGGCUUGUUCUCAUACCAAAUUGUUAAAAAUGAUCCCUGGACCGUGAACAAUUUCCACAACAUCCUUCCGAGGGAAGUGGCGCAAGCCAUCAGCUUGGAGGCGCAGGAUCAAUUGGUUCGACGGCUGAAAAAAGCCUACCUCAAAAACGAAAUGCAGGAAUCGAUGGGAAUGUUUGAGGCCCUAACCAUAUUUUCACAUCGCCAAGUUUGGCACGAUCUGCAUCGUUUGGUUCUCGCCCGCCGGAAAUACGCCCCGAACUCAUCUACUUAUUUAUACCGCUUCGAUUUCGACUCACCACAUUUUAAUCAGUUCCGGCGAUUGGUUUGCGGUGAUCACAUUCGCGGUGUGUCCCAUGCCGAUGAGCUAUCGUACCUCUUUUACAACGUCAUAGCCUCAAAACUGGAUAAAUCAUCGAUGGAGUACCGAACCAUUGAGAGAAUGGUGGGUAUGUGGACCUCAUUUGCCUCUAGUGGAAAUCCGAAUUGUCCUGAAUUGGGAACUGCCAAGUGGAAACCAGUCCGACUGGUUGAAAACGAAGUAGAGGAGUGCUUCAACAUCAGUCAAGAUCUGGAAAUGAUUAAGUUGCCCGAAGCCAAAGUUUUGGCCGUUUGGGAUUCGUUCUACCCCCGCGACGAUCUUUUCUAGUUCUUAAAACCUAAAAAAAAAUACUUAGUCUAUUCAAAUUGUGUAGUGUUCAUUUCAAAAUAGCUGCGCAUCCUUUAAAUACAUCAAUGAAAAUGUUCUUAUACAGUGACGAUUUGAUAAGUGACGAAUUGAUAAGAGACAUAUAAGUUGAAUACGUUAAUUAUUCAUAAAGUUUUUGUUUACAAGUUAGAUUGUAUUAGGUAUAAAUAGAAAAUAGAGAUACGCAUGCUUUUUUGGCUAUUUUAAAAAUUCUAUUAAUAAGAUCAUAUAGAUCAGUGCUUAUCUCAAGAGGAACUUAGUAUCAAAUCCAAAAAUAUUGUGUAAACUAAUUAGCUUAAACUGAAGAUAAUUAAUUGAAAUAAAUAAAAAAAUAUGAAAAUCA